AUGCAUAACGGCAGCGUGACUGAAUUCAUUCUGUUUGGCCUGACACAAGACCCUGGAAAGCAGAAGGCAAUAUUUGGGAUCUUCUUGAUUCUUUACCUCAUGACUCUGCUGGGGAACUUUCUCAUUGUGGUGACCAUUAAAACAAGCCAGACCCUUAGGAGUCCCRUGUAUUUUUUCCUCUUCUACCUGUCAUUUGCAGAUGCUUGCUUCUCUACAACCACAGCUCCCAGACUGAUUGUAGAUGCCCUUUCUCAGAAAAAGACCAUUUCCUACAACGAGUGCAUGACUCAAGUUUUUGCAGCCCAUUUCUUUGGCUGCAUGGAGAUAUUUGUGCUCAUCCUCAUGGCCUUUGAUCGCUAUGUGGCCAUUUGUAAGCCUCUGCGAUACACAACCAUCAUGAGCCAGCGUGUCUGUGGUGUGUUGGUGAUUCUGGCCUGGGUGGGAUCUUGCAUUCAUUCCUCAGCACAGAUUUUCCUGGCUUUGAGAUUGCCCUUCUGUGGCCCUAAUGUGAUUGAUCACUAUUUCUGUGAUUUGCAGCCCUUGUUGGAACUUGCCUGCAUGGACACUUAUGUGAUAAAUUUGCUAGUUGUUUCUAACAGUGGGGUCAUAUGCAUGGUGAGUUUCRCAAUCUUACUUAUCUCCUAUGUUGUCAUCCUGUACUCUCUGAGAAACCACAGUGCAGAAGGAAGGYGGAAAGCUCUUUCCACAUGCACCUCCCACUUUAUUGUUGUGGUCAUAUUUUUUGGUCCAUGUAUAUUUAUAUACACUCGUCCUCCAACCACCUUUCCAAUAGACAAGAUGGUGGCUGUGUUUUAUACAAUUGGGACACCUUUAYUGAAUCCAUUGAUCUAUACCCUAAGGAAUGCAGAAGUGAAAAAUGCCAUGAAAAAAUUAUGGUGUAGCAAAGUAUAA